AAACACCGUGAACAUAAUUAGACAACCCGCAGACAUAACCCCGUCUAAAAACAGUGGAUUACAGUCGAGUCAUAAUAUAAAUUUGGAAGGAUGGCAGGCAACAUGAAAGCAGCAGUGGCUAUUCUGGGAGAGAACAAUUUGAUAGUGCAGUACCCAGCUGACUGUAGCCUCGGUGACUUGGUCAAAAUAGUGGAUCAAGAGCUUUCCGAUGUCCUUGCUAAAAAUCAAAGAAUCUCCUUACUGCAAUACUGGAGCACAGACUUUGAUAUGUAUGUGAACAUACGCAAUCCUAACAGCCUUCCGGACAAGUGUAAGAUACUGGUUAAGACGUGUGCAAGGGAGCCUGUCAAUAUAGACCCUAUAGAGACGAAAGAACCUGCCAGUGCUGAUGGUACGAAGCCUGCUAGUGCUGAUGAUACGAAGCCUGCCAGUGCCGAUGAUACGAAGCCUGCUAGUGCUGUGACUCCACAAACUGACCAGGCUGUCCCUGAUGAUCAACCACCACAAGUUGAAGAGAGUACUGACAACGGGGAAACCCCAAAAUAUCCUGCUUGCAUGAGUCCCCCUGAAGUAGAUACUUCGAAAGAAGUUCUUGAGACUUCUAACGGUGGGGCUGCUGCACAUGUUGAUCGUGAGAAAAUCUGGAAGGGGAGAGAAACGCUAAACGUGUACUUCAUGAAUCCUGAUGUGCUGGACAACUGGAAAAGCCGUGGAGAGCCCAUGAAUUUCAACACUGUGCUGGCCUGGGCACGGGUCUGGAAUGUGUCUAUCUUCAGCGACGCCAUCCCUUCCCUUGCUUGGAGAGAGAAGGCCGAAAAAGCCGACGUACGAGUGAAGUUUUCAGAGACGGGAGGGAACUGGUCGAUGGUGGGUAGGGAUGCUGAGACUGUCACUGAUAUGAGCAAGCCAACCAUGGUGUUGAAUCUCCUGGGUCAUUCGGCAGAGCUCCAGGAGAGUCUGGUCAUCCACGAGUUUGGGCAUGCCCUGGGACUGGAGCACGAACACCAGCGCUCAGACUUCUGGGAUGUGGUCGGGAAACAUAUUGACAUGGAUACAAUGAAAGAUGACACCUUUGUGAACCCCCGUCAAGAAAAUGAUGGUGGGCAGUCGUUUGGAAAAGAUUGGUUGAAGUUAGAAAAGAAGACUAUGCCCAUGGAAAGCGUGCCUGAGUAUGAUCCUGACAGUAUCAUGCAUUACUCGUUCAAAGUGAAAUGGAUACGAGAUAAAGCACAUCGUUCUGCAGAAUCCAUUGGGAGUGACACCUCACUGACUACCAAAGAGAAGAAGUAUCUCAAGGGCAUUGUUAAGAGAAGCCAGGGAGGCCAACUGCUCAAGCACCCUUCAAAGAAUGACUACAAGGCACUAGUGGAGGCUUAUGGCAAGAAGUUCAUUGCUCCUGAGAAUUUCGAUACUUUAGUAACACGAAAAGAACCAUCCACUGUUGGUGGAGUUACCCUGAAAAUAAAUGUGCAUUUACGACAUAUCAUAAAUGCAACUUGGGAAGCUCGCAGUAAAUGGAAGAUGAUAGGUAGAGAGUUGGGGCUUACAGAAGGUGACAUUGAGGCAAUCAACACUAACUAUCACAACGUUGAAGACAAGUAUGAGGACGUGCUGAAAAAGUGGAUGCACACAGGCAAGGCAAAAACAAACCAGCUGAUUGAUGCUCUCAGAUCACUUACUGUGAGUAAGGACGAUAUAGCUGACGAGAUUUUGGGAAUUGAUGAUGAACAAAAAAGAAAAGAUCUCGGCCUUUGAGAAAACAAAAACAGGAUAAUUAUAGAAGCUUAUAUGAAAUGCAUGUGUAUAUUUUGUUUGUUUAGCUGUGUGUGUUUUGUACUGGUAUGUUAUUCUUAGAGACAAACCUC